CUCUUUCGGAAAUUGUCCCAGGGAAACAAAUGUGUUACGCAUUUGAGUUGACGGUUAAGACUGAAAGUUGUUUUCAGUGAAAAGUAAUUUUUCUAGCGAUAUAACUAGAUAUCUGAAUGGAUUCCGCUGGCUAUUCAAAUAAAGCACAUGGGACAAAUAUGAGGGUAACAAGACUAGCGGCAAAGGAAGGUUUGUAUCACGAAAUGCUGCACGUGCUAUUGGGCAAAAAGAAAAACCCACGAAGCGGAAAAGACACAGAGAAAAUGAGACUCCAGCCACAGCAGCUAACGGUUCUAAAGAUCAGAAUGAGGACAGAGAGACUGAUGAAGAAGAAACGACCCCAGACAAGAUUAGGAAAGUGUCUGGUGAAGCAGAGGAAACCAAUGACAGUGAAGAGGACAUGGAGGUCAAAGAGGAUGAAGAAGAUGAAGACGGUGACCAGGACCAAGACAUGACUGAGGGGGUGGAUGAGGAGGAUUCAGGCUGCCAUGUCCAAGAUAGACAAAUAAAAACUUCAUCUGGUGAACCACUGGCAGUGGACAGAAAUGUGUUCAGGCCCAGUGCUUACACAGAUGCUAACAUAGCUAAUUGCCUGAGGAGCCGCAGAUCCAUUCACUUGGAAAGUCCGGGGAAAGAAGUCCAUUCUCAUGGAACCGCCGAACCCCUGUCUGGUAUUAGCCUUCGCAGUCGGGAGAACCGCACGGAGACGCUCCCUCCCAGGGCCAGGAUCACUCACUACAGCGAAGAGAUAGUUUUCACCAAACCGAAGCUCGUGAGUCAGAAUCGUUACCCUCCACCGCAAGCGAAGGUAAAGAUUACGAGCCGACCGUAUGUCACACGAAACGUGUAUCCGGCAAACAGUGUUCCUCUUCACAGACCAACCCCCAAAGGACAAAAACAAGAAUUGCCGGUGAAAAGCACUGUGAAGACGGCAUCCUACUCAUUCUGUGCAGGCUGGUUCUGGAAGCUGUUUUUGUUAGCGCUGCUUUCAGCCGGUGCGAUUCCGCUGUACCUUUUCGCGGGAAAACGAGCGUCCGAGCGCCAGAGCGUGGCGGAGGCAGACAAAGUCUUUCAGGCCCGCUUCCUGGAAAUGGAGUCCAGCUUCCCCAGCCAGAGGGCGGAGCUGUGGAAGCGCAGCAGGAUCCACCUGGAGAGGCACCUGCAGACGGCCGAGCCCACGGAGCCGGUCAGCAUGAUCCUGACCUCGGGGCGCGGGGCCGAGAGGACGCUGCACUGCCUGGCCGGCCGCAUGGCCGCCGCCUUCUCCACAGCCCUCGGGGCCUCCGGGGCCUCCGUCCUCCACGUAGACGGGGCCGCCGCCGCCGCGCUGGAGAGCGACCGGGUCAAGCUGGACAUCGACCAGCGGCUGAGCGGGGCCUUCGAGGGUGACGGGAGGGCGGCGGUCGUCCACCGUUUCGAGGAGCUCCCCCCGGGCUCCACGCUCAUCUUCUACAAGUACUGCGACCACGAGAACGCCGCAUACAAGAAGGUGCUGCUGGUCUUCACCGUGCUGCUGGAGGAGGACGAGCUCGGCCCCCAGCUGGCCCUGAACGCGGUGGAGGAGAUGGUCCAGGAGCGCAUCCAGGACAAGCUCCUCUCCCCGGACCAGCCGGCCUCGUUCGACCGCAUGGACAUGGACAAGCUGAGCGGGCUGUGGAGCCGCAUCUCGCACCUGAUCCUGCCCGUGGCAGCGGAGGAGCGCGUGGAGAGGGAGGGCUGCGAGAGCUGAGGGCCCCCCCCCCAGCGGUCACGGCCCAAUGCCUGCUAUUCACGCCUCGCGCUGCCCUCGUUCGGGCUCGGUUCAGAACGCGGCGGCGAAGGCUGGGAGACGCUGUGUAAAACGGCCGUGUUCUGGGAAGGAGCCGGUGCAUGCCAGGCACCGGUCCUGGAGAGUCUUUGUUAUUCUGGAUUCCCAUGCUGGAGGGAUGGGAACAGAUUCCGCCUCUGAACUUUUAUCAAGUCGUGUAUUUGAUAACGUGUUUUUUUGUACUGUUAUUUUCCCCCUUGUACGUGUGUUUUCAGGAGGGCUGCCUGCAACAGGGACCGAACUGAGCAUACUACCACUGGAAAUAUUUUUUUCAUUUAAUUGCUUUUCAAAAGAAUUUUACAAUAAAACAUAAAACUUCGUAAAUAUAUGUUAACGAGUUUUAGUCUCAGCCUGACAUUGUCUCAUUGCUUUGACUAGCUUUAAUUCUGUUGAUUUGAGAAAUCAUAAUGAAGACUAUUUUUAUACUGUGUACAUAUCAGUUUUCUUAUGCAUAAUAUAUUUUGCACUGAUUUUGACCCCAGAUGCGUGUUUUAUUUCACUGCAUAAAGCUACACUUUACCAGCAAAUUCUGCAGAUGGAGGCUUGUAAUAAUCUUUCUGAAUGCUGUGUUUUUGUAGUUUUGUUGUAUUUGCUGUGUCAGGUAUUGUAAAUUUGCAGGUAAAGUAUAUUUGCUACAUGACUGAAGAUAUUUAACAGUUCUGCUGUUUAUUGUAGUGCAGUAAAUAAACAGUUAUUGAGAUUUGAGUGGUUUCAGAAAUCUGAAUGUCAGAGUGUUACCUUUUCAGUUUGAUUAGCUGUGUGCUUUGUAUUUACUACAGGGGGCAUGGUGUGAUGGGAAACAUUUACGUUUUAAGCUUAUGGAUUGGCUAUGGAUAAAUCUAAUUAAAAGAAUAGGAAAAUGGACAGAAUGUGACCAAAAAAGGAAGCACAGUUUUGCAUACCUAGCAUGAGGGUAGGUAGAAUGAAUUAUAAUUGACCCUUCUCAAGGUACUGUUAGUGCAUCUUCCAAGUGAUAAGUGCAAAAGGAUCAGUGUCAUCUGAUCUAUGUAUUUAACUGAAGUGUUAAAUUAGUAAAUUAAACUAUAUUGUAGGGAGUUAAAAUACUGUGUUAUUGCAGUAAAAUGUAAAAAAGUACAAGUUUGCUGCUUGAAAAAAAAAUUCAACACCCCAGUUUUCCAAUUUAUAUAUAUAUUGGAAAUGUAUUUGCAGCCGACUUCAAUGGAGGGGGAACAGACAAAUGGGAUAUUUUUCUACAUUAGUUUAGAUCUGGUAUUCUAUGUUACCUAAAUUAAGUGGCAAUGACAUUGCAACUGACUGAAGCUUUCCAAGAUAACUUUACUGACUUGCAUAUUUGAUGCCUCAAUUUACACUUACUAUUUAACUGUUUUACUGAAUCUCUUAACAGUUAACAGCGUUUGGUCAGAAAUCUCUACAUAAUAUGAAACAUUAAUAUCCCAGCCAUGCUAAAAAAAAUACCUGGUGAUUGAUCAGUUGCGCCAGUUUCCCUCUGUGUUUGUGUGUCAUGGAGUAUUUUACAUUUUUCUAUUUGUCUUAAUUUUAUUCCCUCAUUUAUAAGUGUACUUAUGUUGCUGGCUUUUAUAUAGUCUUACAGAUAACCCUGAAGUUGACUGUGAAUAUGAGGCAAUUUGAAGGUAGUUUUUACUUUACAAACCUGUGUUCUGUGUUUAUUUGUCAAACCAAACUGAACUAUGCACUGUGCUUUUUUUUUUUUUUAACCGUGAAUGGGAAGCAUUCCUGGCUUGAAUAAUCACCUCCAAGUCAACUUUAUUAUUGUUUGCUUUUACUUUUGGAAUUUUAUGUUGAUCCCACGUGCAAACAUGCCUACAUUUGGUCCAAUAAAAGAACUAUGGAGGUAACAUCUGAACAUU